GUUUUCCCUUUCCCUCCCCUAUAUCCGUCCCAUGGUUCAUUUCCUUUUGGUUUGUUUCCUCUCUUUUUCCCUUUUUUCUUUUUGAAUACAAAACAAAAGUACGUCCGUUCCUUCUUGAACUCACACACUCUUUUUUAUCCCCUCCGUAAGGAAUAUCCUACUCCAUCAGUGUUUCCUCGUCGAACACAUCCACUCGUUUACCACCACCACCACCACCACCAAACAACUUACAACAACCAACCGACGACGACAAAAAUGAAGGCAUUCUUCGCUGUCCCCGCGCUCUUUGCGGCAGCCGCAGUCGCAGACCCCAGCUGGUCAUUCACCUUCACCUUCUCCGACGCCCACAGCACCUGGACGUCUUGCACCGUCGCCACGGCCGCCCCCAACGCGACCACGGCCGUGCCGACCUCCAGCGCCUGGAACCAUCCCUCGGACUGGAUCUCCACCACCAGCUACAACGCGACCUACAGCUCCGGAACCAGCACCUGGGCCGUCCCCCAGACCAUCUCCUACAGCGUCGGUCAGACCCAAACCAGCAUGCUCGCCGCCACCGUCACCCCCCCGUCCAGCAGCGCCGGCGGCGGUGCCACCACCCCGGCCGUGGCCACCAAGAGUGCCCCCGCCUCCACCACCCAGGUCGCCCCGGCUUCGACCUUCACCGGCGCUGCCAGCCACAACAAGGUGGCAGGUGGUGCCGCCCUGGCUCUGGCCGGUCUCGCUCUGGCCUUGUAGGCAUGGGGAGGACAAAAUGUCAACGACGAAGCAAAACUGUGAGAGGAUCCCGCCUCACACGUUGUUGGCAACAAGCAAAAAAGAACCAACUUGUCCGUGCUCUUUGCAAAAGUCCCCGAGAACGAAAUCCACCCCAAGUCAAUCAUCAGGUCGUCAAACACACCCAUCUAUAGAUUUUAUAUAUACCCGACCUCCUGAGAAAGGGCAGGGAGCGAUGUGAUUGGGAGUGGCCGGAAGGUUGUCGAUGUCGGUUGCGGAAUCGAGGAGGGGUGGAACCUGGGCAAUCAUCAUCCUACCAGCUCGAUAUCAUUCAUACCUGAAGGAACUACCUCCUAAGGAGUACUGUACCAAUUGCUGUUGUUGUUGUUGUUGUUUUUGUUUUAAUCCCGACCAAUACCAAACUUUUGUCGUCGUGUCAAUACAUUGUUGUUUUACUCUGUA